UUGAGGUUCACUGAGGUUGGUUGUUGUGGCCAAAACCAGAAGCCAGUUUUUGGCGCGCCUUGACAUGAUUGGUGCCCAGGUACGGAGUAGUUAGUUAGUUACCCAGCAGCAAAGUUGGACCAAUGGCAAAAAAAUGCCACGCGAGGGUUGCCGAGGGCCAUGCGCCAGACGCCAGACGACGGAUUAACUAACUACGUAAACGCCCAGAAAAUGCCCUCAUCCCCUUCCCCGUUUAACCGCAAAACUAAAAAACUAAAUUUGGCAUUGAUAUGACUGGGAAAGGAAAAGCAUCUUAAAGCAAGCGGGAUGUGCCAGGUGGCUUGCCCUGCUGCUAGGUUCUGCUUGGUAUGUAUGUCCUCAGCGUACUGUCCAAUGUCCAUGUACAUGUACAUACAGACAUACAGACAUACAGACAUACAUACAUACAUACAUACAUGUGCAUAUACCUAGGCAUCCCGUCGGCCCGGCUCUUUGAUGUAUGUUAUCCCGGUUAUAAGCACUAACUAGUGCAGCAUAAAUGGGGACAAAAAGGCAAAACUCAGCCGGAACCGAGCCAGAAUAACUUGGUUCCAAGUAACCCUAGACGUUUUGCCCUUGCCCUGGUAUUUGCUCAUAAGCUGGACGGAGUCGAAUCCAUCCAAAUAGUGGCAGUUGGUAAUGACUUUUUUUUGACGAUCGAUACUCUCGGACAUAAAGAGACCCUAUAUUUCUUAUUAUUCUUUACGUUUCUAUCCUGCCAUUUUUUUUUUAGUUUUUUAUCGACACUUUUUCUCUAUGGUUCAUAUGCAAGCGAGUACAGGUCCUUUGUCUUUUUUUGCCUCUUUUUUGUUUGAAAGCCCACGAUGGUAGCCGGCGAAGAAGAAAAAACGAACAAUGAGAUGGCGGCAUGGGAUAAACCUACUCCGCCCAUACAUUCGGCAGGCCCAGCUGCUGCGCAACAGGGGAAUUCCGAUGCCACUCUCGAUCUUCAGCAAAGCAAAGAGCUAGACCUAUCGCCCAGCUCUUCAUGCUCUGAAGGCAGCAAACUUUCAGAGCACGGCCAAGCUGCCGAAUCGGCCAAGCCGCAGCGGACCUGGUACCAGCAGCUAAAUCCAUUCCGAUGGCGCCAGAUCCCCCCCAUACCUACCGAAAGGACUAUAUCCAAAGAGCAUGGAGCUGGAUAUCUGAGCUUGAUAACAUUUCAAUGGAUGUCUUCGUUGAUGACGACCGGAUACCUGCGCCCGCUGGAGGUCCAAGAUAUUUGGUUGGUGAAUCCGGAUAGGUCAUUAGACGUUCUUGUAGACAAGCUUGAACGGGCAUUCCAGGAUCACGUCGACCGUGGCGAUCGCUAUCCGCUAUUAUGGGCGAUAUACGAAAUGUCCAAAUUUGAAUUUUGGUUGGGCGGUAUCUGUGCAUUAUCUUCAAGUCUUCUCCAGGUUAUGACGCCCUUCGUCUCACGGUAUCUUAUCCAAUUUGCCGCGGAUGCUUAUGUUGCGAGGCAGACCGGCGAGCGCGCCCCAGACAUUGGACAUGGUAUUGGAAUCGUUAUAGGGAUAUGUUGCAUGCAAGUCUCGCAAAGCCUUGGUACAGCCCAGUUCUUCUAUCGAGGGAUGAUGGUCGGAGCCCAAAGCCGUGCUGCGCUUAUCAAUAUGAUAUUCUCCAAGGCCUUGAAGCUUUCCGGUCGUGCGAAAGCGGGUGGUAAAGCCACCACCAAAGACUCAGAAAAUAAGGACACACAGAGUACAUCCGACGAUUUGGAAUCUCUUCGAGAAGCCCGAGAUGGCAUUCUUAAAGGAAAAUUCCAGAAGAAACCUGGGAAGUCUAAAGGUCCCAAAGCAGGGCCGGACGCUGCUGCGGGCGUUGCCGGUGAUGGCACAGGGUGGAACAACGGCAGGAUCGUCACUCUAAUGAGCGUCGAUACAGAUCGCAUUGAUAGAGCGCUUGGGCUGUUCCACCUACUCUGGACAUCUCCCAUAUUGAUCAUAGUCGCUUUGAUCGUCCUCAUAAUUAACAUCGGCUACAGUGCCCUUUCUGGAUAUGCGCUGUUAGUUCUCGGGGUACCAUUCCUCACUUACUCUAUACGUUCCCUUAUUAGGAGACGAAAAAAGAUAAACAAAAUGACAGAUCAGCGCGUCUCUCUCACGCAGGAAAUCCUGAUGGCCGUCAGAUUUGUCAAGUUUUUCGGCUGGGAGAGUAGCUUUCUGAACCGGUUAAAGGACAUUCGGCAACGCGAAAUUUCCGCAAUUCAAGUCGUCCUAUCCAUACGAAAUGCGAUUCUAUGUAUAUCAAUGGCGCUUCCCGUGUUCGCUUCAAUGUUGGCUUUUAUAACCUACUCGCUAUCGAACCACGCAUUGUCUCCUGCCCCGGUAUUCUCGUCACUCGCACUAUUCAAUGCGCUCCGCAUGCCGUUGAACAUGCUGCCUCUUGUGAUCGGACAGGUAACUGAUGCAUGGACGGCCUUGGGACGAAUUCAAGAGUUCCUUCUAGCUGAAGAACAACAAGAAGACAUAAAACAAAAUCCCUCCUUAGCUCCUGCUAUUAAGGUUGAGGAUGUAUCAUUUACCUGGGAGCGUUUAGCUACCGACUUAGAAAAGGAACCCGACAAGAAAUCCGACAAAAAAGUAGGUAAAAAAGCGGAAUUGGACGGAUCUACGCAUCAUCUUUCAAUCGAACCCUUCGAACUCAAAGACUUCACCUUUGAGUUUGGUCGUAAUGAACUUAUUGCGGUCAUUGGAGCAGUUGGAUGCGGUAAAAGCUCGCUUUUGUCAGCCUUGGCUGGAGAUAUGCGUCUGACAAAGGGCAAGGUGACCAUGAACGCUUCACGCGCCUUUUGUCCUCAGUACGCUUGGAUCCAGAAUGCGACCGUGAAGGAGAACAUCCUCUUUGGUAAAGAGUAUGACGACGUGUGGUAUAAUAAAGUUGUAGAUGCUUGCGCCUUAAGGACUGAUUUCGACAUGCUCCCAGCCUCUGAUGCGACGGAAAUUGGUGAACGAGGAAUUACUGUUUCCGGGGGACAGAAGCAGAGACUCAAUAUCGCUCGAGCUAUCUAUUUUGAUGCGGAUCUUAUACUCAUGGACGACCCAUUAUCAGCUGUUGAUGCCCAUGUUGGGCGCCAUAUCAUGGAUAACGCCAUUUGCGGAUUGCUCAAAGAUAAAUGCCGAGUCCUUGCAACCCACCAACUGCACGUCCUCAGCCGAUGCGACCGCAUUAUAUUGAUGGAUGACGGCCGGAUAUCAUCCAUCGAUACUUUCGACAACCUCAUGCGUGACAAUGAAGUGUUCCGUCAGCUAUUGGCGACCACCUCCCAGGAGGAGGAUACUUCAACGACUGAAAGAAGCGACGAGGAAGAUGAGAUCGAGGUUGAGAGUGUGGAAAUGCCGAAAAAGAAAGCCAAAGCAUCGAAACCGGGGCCCGCUCUUAUGCAGCAGGAAGAGCGAGCCGUUAGUUCAGUUAGCUGGGGAGUUUGGCGAGCAUAUAUUUCGUCGUUUGGCAUGGUCAUAAACGGUCCGUUGAUCAUUUUGUCGCUGAUUUUGUCCAGCGGAGCAAAUAUAGUGACAAGUCUGUGGCUUUCAUACUGGACCUCGGACCAGUUCCGCCUGGAAACCGGCCAGUACAUUGGUGUAUACGCAGGACUAGCUGGUGUUCAGGUGUUUCUCACAUUUGCAUUCUCUACAAUUCUGUCAGUGAGCGGAACGAAUGCCAGCAGGUCGAUGUUUCAUAAAGCGAUGACGCGGGUUUUGAGAGCUCCAAUGGCUUUUUUCGAUACCACCCCGAUGGGCCGUAUUGUUAACCGAUUUUCGAAGGACGUUCACACUAUGGACAACGAGUUGACCGACGCAAUGCGGAUUUACUACAUUACCCUUGCCCUAAUUAUUUCCAUUAUGAUUUUGAUUAUUGUGUUCUUUCACUAUUUUGCAGUUGCUCUUGGCCCUCUUUUCAUUUUAUUCCUGGUAGCGACAAAUUAUUAUCGAGCAUCAGCGCGAGAAAUGAAGCGUCAUGAAGCAGUGCUCCGUUCCACUGUUUUUGCCCAGUUUAGCGAGGCUAUAUCGGGGACAUCAUCAAUUCGAGCUUACGGCGUGCAGGCGCACUUCCUCCGUCGCCUCCGUGCUGCACUCGAUAAUAUGGACAGCGCAUAUUUUCUGACCUUCGCGAACCAAAGAUGGCUAAGCGUCAGAUUAGAUGCUAUUGGCAUACUCCUGGUUUUUGUCACAGGUAUAUUAGUGGUCACUUCAAGAUUCAAUGUCUCGCCUAGUAUAUCGGGAUUGGUGUUGUCCUAUAUCCUCGCCAUAUCGCAGAUGUUGCAGUUCACCAUUCGCUGUCUAGCUGAUGUCGAAAAUAGCAUGAAUGCCACUGAGCGCGUUCAUCACUAUGGAACAGAGCUAGAUGAGGAAGCACCACUCCAUCUUAUCGAAUUAGACAGCCAAUGGCCGCAAACAGGCAGCAUUUCAUUUUCUAACGUGCAGAUGCGAUAUCGUGAAGGCCUUCCACUGGUCCUGCAGGGACUGAACAUGGAUAUCCGAGGCGGCGAGCGUAUCGGGAUUGUCGGACGAACUGGGGCCGGCAAAUCAAGUAUCAUGUCUGCUCUGUUCCGAAUAACAGAGCUCUCUGGCGGGAGCAUCAAAAUUGACGGCAUAGAUAUAUCCACUGUCGGCUUACACGACCUGCGAUCUAGACUCGCCAUCAUCCCCCAGGACCCUGCUUUAUUCCACGGCACUAUCCGAUCGAAUCUUGAUCCCUUUAACGAGCACAGCGAUUUGGAAUUAUGGUCUGCACUUAGGAAAGCCGACCUGGUUGGCCAAGAAACACCCUCAGACUCUUCAGUCGACCAAACCAGCUCCUCGCCGACGGCCAAGCAGCCCCAACAGCGCAUCAACCUGGACACCGUGGUCGAAGAAGAAGGAUUAAACUUCUCUCUCGGCCAGCGGCAGCUCAUGGCACUGGCGCGCGCCCUCGUUCGCGAUUCGCGCAUUAUCGUCUGUGACGAGGCAACCUCCUCUGUCGAUUUUGAAACGGAUCGUAAAAUCCAGAAAACCAUGGCGCAGGGUUUCAAGGGUAAGACGUUGCUCUGUAUCGCGCAUCGGUUGCGGACAAUCAUCAACUAUGACCGCAUCUGUGUGAUGGAUCAGGGGCGGAUUGCUGAAAUGGAUGAGCCGCUGAAGCUGUGGGAGAAACCAGGGGGAAUAUUUCGGGGCAUGUGUGAUCGGAGCGGGAUUUCGAGGGAGGACUUUUUGGUUGGGUUUGACGAUUAAUUUCGAGGAUAAGCGUCUUGCAUGUAUAUAUAUAUAUCUCUCUAUUGUUUUUCUCAAGGUAAAAACCAAUUUCUUCCAUGGUUCAAGACCAAAAAAUUUGGUAAAUAGUUGGCGUUUUGCUGGAGUAGAUACCAUUUGACUAAAGAGAUAAUAAGUUAAUCAAUGCGGAAUAGAAUUAAGCAAUCCAGGGAUAGGAAAGCUAUCAGCAACAAGCAGAAAUAGAAGAUCAGUUCAUCUUUGUUCUAUCGCGUCCACCAGUUUAUUAUAUGACGCCCAA